AUGUGAUUGCUCGGUUUACAUUACUUGUACAUUAAUAUUAGUAUUAGUGAAUGUUUGUACCUGUGAGAAACUCUACUUUGACUCUUAACUUGACUUGAAAUUUUAUUAAGCUGAUCAAUAUAUCUCCUACUUAUACUGACAAAGGCUCAACACAAUUUCCAACAUGUUGAAGUCAACAACUAUUUUGCUUCUGGUUGUUGCUUUAGUUGUGGCAGAAACGAAGCAGGAAGAGAUGGUGAGUUUUCCCUCUGAUCCUUCAAAUGGUCCAGAAAAUUUGGGCGAAAACGGCAAGUCCUCAACUUUCACAAUUACUUUGGAUACAAAACAACCAAUUGGAAGCGAACACGUUGAAAAUAAAGAGAACAAUGAAUCGAGUCCUGCAAAGAGUUCUACUCCAGAAAUCAUGAAUAAGGUCAGCACUCUUGAUUCAGACGCCAAAGAGAAAAGCAAUUUGAUUCCUGAAAAGGAUUCUACUACAAAAACCUUGAAUGAGGACAACACUGUCAAUUCAAUUGUUAAAGAUGGGAAAAGUAAUUUGAGUCCUAUAAAGGAUUCUCCUACAGAAACCUUAAAAAAGGAUGACACUGUCGAUUCAUAUGAAACAAAUGAAUUGAGUCCUAAAAAGGAUUCUGCUACACAAACCUUGAAUAAGAACGAUGUAGGUGAUUCGAUUGUUAAAGGAACAAGUGAAUUGAGUCCUACAAAGGAUUCUCCUACAGAAACCUUAAAAAAGGAUGACACUGUUGAUUCAUAUGAAACAAAUGAAUUGAGUCCUAAAAAGGAUUCUGCUACACAAACCUUGAAUAAGAACGAUGUAAGUGAUUCGAUUGGUAAAGGAACAAGUGAAUUGAGUCCUACAAAGGAUGCUACCACACAAACCUUAAAUGAGGAUGGCACUGUUGAUUCAGAUGUUAAUGCAAGAACAUUGAGUCCUACAAAGGAUUCUGCUACACAAACCUUGAAUAAGAACGAUGUAGGUGAUUCAAAUGUUAAAGGAACAAGUGAAUUGAGUCCUACAAAGGAUUCUGCUACACAAACCUUGAAUAAGAACGAUGUAGGUGAUUCAAAUGUUAAAGGAACAAGUGAAUUGAGUCCUACAAAGGAUGCUGCUACACAAACCAAUGAUGACACUGUAGAUUCAAAUGUUAAAGGAACAAUUGAAUUGAGUCCAACAAAGGAUUCUACGACAGAAACCUUGAAAAAGGAAGACACUGUUGAUCCAGAUGUUAAAGAGGCAAGAACAUUGAGUCCUGCAAAGGAUUCUGCUACAGAAACCUUGAGUAAGGACAAUUCUGUUGAUUCAAAUGUUGAAGGAAUAAGUGAAUUGAGUCCUACAAUGGAUUCUGCAACAAAAAUCCCGAAUGAAGAUAGUGCUGAUUUUUCAUCACCAACAUCUAAGGUUGAAAAUAUCCAACAAGAUGAGGAUCUUAACAAUGAAAUUGCUUCUGAAAAUAAAGUUGAAGAAGAAACAAAUUCAGAAGAUGAAGAAAAUUAUGAAAGCAGCGAAGAAAGUAAAACCUUGAAACAUAAAAUAAGUGGGACUGAUGACACUGGCAAAGGAGAAGUUAUUGACAUAUCGAUGAAAUGCUUGGACUGCCUGUGUUACUUUGCCACUGACUGUGAUAUGACCAGAGAAUGUGUUUUGCCCAGACAUAUCUUUUUUUCAUCUGAUGACGGAUUCUCAAGAGGAGAUUGUGGCCCAUUCCACAUAAGUUUUCCGUUUUGGGCAGAUGCAAACAACGUGAAUUUGGAUUUAGGAGAUGCUGCUAUGGAGAAUGAUUGGAGAACAUGCUCCCUUGAUUUGAUGUGUGCAACAGAAACUAUGAAAAAAUAUUUUCAAAAAUACCCUCAUGACUGCAAUGGAGAUGGGAAAGUGGACUGUGUAGAUUAUGCAGCCAUUCAUACUCUCGGACCCUUCGGAUGCCAAAACAAGGGAAACUUGAACUUAUGGAACAGAAUGAGGAGGAAGGGGCUGCUGAAGUGUAUGGUGACUGACGAGGAGGGACAAUACGUCAAGGAAAUGCGCAGACUCAACGAGAAAAUGCAACUGCAAGACUUUGCGGCUAAAAAGAGAGCCGAACUGGAGGGGAAAAGUGUGGCCAAAGAGGAAAAACACGUCACGGAAUACCGUAGCGAGAUUAGUAUUGAGAAAACUGGCGACAACACAGACAUUGUGGUGGACAUUCUAGAGUUGUGAGCCAUUCAGUUGGGUGUACUAAUUACAAUAAAUGUAGUCAUGAAAUUGAA